GCCCCGCGGGGGCCCCGGGCCCCGCCGUCAACGUCUCCUGCCCCUUCUACCUGCCCUGGUUUGAGAAAGUGAAAGACGGGCUGGUGAGCCGCCGGUGCGGUGCCGACGGGCAGUGGGUGACGGUGAACGGCAGCCAGCCCUGGCGGGACUACUCACAGUGCGAGGAGGAGCUGGAGUCCACCAUCGAGGAGGAGGGUGCCCGCCGGCUGAUGGGGAGCUUCAAGGUGCUCUACACCGUGGGGUACACGUUGUCGCUCCUGACUCUCGUCUCUGCCCUGCUCGUCCUCACCCUCUUCAGGAAACUCCGCUGCACCAGGAACUACAUCCAUGCCAACCUCUUUGCCUCCUUCGGGCUGCGCGCGACCUCGGUGAUGGUGAAGGAUGCGCUGCUGGAGAAGCGCUGGGGCAUGGAGGUGGUGCAGGUGGCCGACUGGGAGGCCCUACUGAGCCACGAGGCAGCGCUGGGCUGCCGGGCAGCGCAGGUGCUGAUGCAGUACUGCAUCCUGGCCAACCACUACUGGUUCCUGGUGGAAGCUGUCUACCUCUACAAGCUGCUCAUCGGGGCUGUCUUCUCCGAGAAGAAUUACUACAGGCUCUACCUCUACCUGGGUUGGGGGACCCCCGUGGUGUUCGUGGUGCCCUGGAUGGCAGCCAAGUACCUGAAGGAGAACGUGGAGUGCUGGGCGCUGAACGAGAACAUGGCAUACUGGUGGAUCAUCCGCAUCCCCAUCCUGCUCGCCUCCCUGAUCAACCUGCUCAUCUUCAUGCGGAUCCUGAAGGUGAUCCUGGCCAAACUCCGUGCCAAUCAGAAGGGCUACGCGGACUACAAGCUGCGGCUGGCCAAAGCCACCCUCACCCUCAUCCCCCUCUUCGGGAUCCACGAGGUCGUCUUCAUCUUCGCCACCGACGAGCAAACAACGGGCAUCCUGCGCUACGUCAAGGUGUUCUUCACCCUCUUCCUCAACUCCUUCCAGGGCUUCCUGGUGGCUGUGCUGUACUGCUUCGCCAACAAGGAGGGGAACAUCUGCCUUGCAACCACUGUCAGUGUUGGGAUCUUGGCACUGACAAACCAGACCCAGAGUCUCUGCCAUGAAGCAUUUACCACAAUCAAGUUCUUUGGGACUGAGUAA